CACCACUCUCCUGCUCAGAGCCAACGUUCGUCGACACGAAACUCAGGGCCUCAGCUGCUCCCGCGACCUCUCGAAUCUACCCAACCCUCUCUCUACAGUGCCGCCCGACCAUCGCCACCACCAGCUCCAUCCGUUCCUUGCGCGUCCUUCCCCGGUUAGUCAUCAAUAUCGCCAACGAUAUACUGACCUUCCCGGCCAGGAACCGACUCGUUCGAGAAGAGCAUCGAACCGGUAUCAAGUCAACUAUACUGCUACGGACUCUGCAGACCCAAGUCGCAGCAUCAGAUCACCCUCUCCGUUCUCUGCAAGGCUGUCGACAGUUUCCGCGACGGAUUCGGAUAAGGCGGAGGAUGAAAGGAACGAACGUCCCAUGGGUGUAAUCCGGAAAAAGACCGCCACACGCGGUACGGAAGGCGGAACUAAAUACCAUUGCGACGUCUGCUCUGUUGAUAUAACCUCUACGGUGCGGAUAUCAUGCGCGCAUCCUUCCUGUCCUGAAUACGACUUGUGCGUUCCCUGCUUUGCAGCUGGGGAAAGUUCCAAAAACCACGAUCCUCGCACUCACCCAUUUCACGUUAUUGAGCAAAACUCGGUGCCUAUCUAUACAGAGGAUUGGGGCGCCGAUGAAGAGCUCUUGUUGUUGGAAGGGGCCGAGAUCUAUGGGUUAGGAUCAUGGGCCGAUAUCGCAGAUCAUAUUGGUGGUUUCCGCACCAAGGAAGAAGUGCGCGAUCACUAUAUUGAAACCUACAUCGAGAGCCCGAACUUUCCUUUGGCUGCCCGUGCGGAUCCCGAAGACAAAACAUUGCAGGAACUUAUCUCGAAGGAGGAAUUCCAGUCGCGGAAAAAGCGACGAAUCGAAGAACGCAAAGAAGCCGCCAAAGCUGCACCGCCGGCUACACCGAAACAGAAACCUACUGCCAGUGUUCCAUCAUGUCACGAAGUUCAAGGCUAUAUGCCUGGUCGUCUCGAGUUCGAAACCGAGUUUUGUAACGAGGCCGAAGAAGCCGUUCAGCACAUGCAAUUUGAACCUGGUAAUGGCAUCAAUGCCAAUGGCGAGAUGGAGCCAGAGAUGGAAUUGAAGAUGACUGUGAUGGAAAUCUAUGGCUCGCGUUUGACUCAACGAACAGAGAGGAAAAAGAUCUUAUUCGCACACAAUCUACUUGAAUACCGUAAAAACAUUGCCCAGGAGAAGAAGAGGACGAAAGAAGAGAAGGAGUUGAUGAAUAAAGCGAAGCCUUUUGCUCGGAUGAUGAAUCACGAUGACUUUGAAGAGUUCUGCAAGGGCAUUGAAUACGAGCACAACUUGCGACUAGCAAUAUCGCAACUUCAAGAAUGGCGGCAGUAUGGGAUUACAGACCUCAAAAGUGGCGAGAAAUACGAGCAAGAGAAGCAACAGCGAGCCCAGCGCGCCGUCCCUCAAGGAUCAUUUGAUCGAUUUGCUAGCGCCCGUCCAACGAAACAAGUCCAACAACCAGAAGGCCCAUCACAAGCCAGUCUAUUAACCACCCCAGAACUGCCAAUGCGGUUCCAAAAAGCCGCAAAACCUGCUGGCCCCGAUCCAAACGUCCCACUCAACGACUUUGACCGCGCCUUUGCAGCCAACGGCGACGUCAUCGACACGCCUCAACCAGCCGCCAAAUCGAAAUAUGUCGUGCAGCCGCUGAGCGGCGUUGUGCCGUGGAAGCUCGAAAGCGACGGCGCGCCAGACUUGCACUUGUUGACCAAAGAGGAAGUCGAACUGUGCAAUGCGUUACACGUGCAACCCAAGCCAUACCUCGUUAUCAAGGAGACAUUACUGAAGGAAGCCAUGAAACAAAACGGUAGUUUGAAGAAAAAGGAUGCCCGGACUAUUUGCAAGAUCGACGUCGCAAAAGCUGGCCGCAUCUUUGAUUUUAUGGUGCACAGUGGAUGGAUCAUGAAGGCAUGAAUGAACCUAGAUACGCAGUGAAAUUAUGCCGAUCAUGCAAAUCUAUUAUGAUAAUCAACCACUGGCUCUUCUACUAGUACCUUUUUUCAGCUUUCUGUUUUCUUUUCUUGGCGCUUGGUGGUUGGUUCUGGACUGGACUUAGGGCUUGGAGUGGCUGGAUGAAUGUUUGAGAUGAAAUGAUAUAAACCGAUUUUACUAUGAAUAGGCUACUGGCUAGAUUACUAAGUAUCAUCUAUAUUUUUUUA